AUGGGGCUAGCAUCGGCACCGCGGCUGCUGGGCUACACUGACGAUCUGGCCGUGCUCGCGGACCGGCUCGACGUCGCGCUCCAGACGCCCAUUCACCAGGUCUAUCUGCCAGUCGGCUACCUCGGUCUGCUGCACGCCAUCCGCGUCAGCCAUGCCACUCGACAGGUCGGCGGCGGUCUCGGGUCCAAGCUCAACCUCUACCAGAGCGUGCUCCUCAACCAGAUCCUGCUGUUUGGUGGUGUCGCACUCAGCUCCCUGCUUCUCGGCCUGCCCUGCCCGAUGCUGGCGUCCGGUCAGGUCAUACUGCUCUACGCCGGUACGCAUGUGGCACUGACCCUCAGCGGCAUCGGGACUGCUCUGCUCAAGCUCAACGACAACUGGACCAUGGGCGUGGCCAUGGACAUCUUCUUCUCUGCUCUGGACGGCAUCUUCCGAGCCGACGGAGUGCUCGCCCUCGGCGUCGACAUCGUCCGCACGCAUCCCAGCGCUCUCAUCUCGACCUCGUACCUUGCCUCGAUCGUCAAUGGCGCCAUCGUGGGUGGAGCCACGCCCCUCAUCAUCGACGUGCUCCGCCUCGACUCGGCCUCGGGUGACUGGACGGUGCGCACGCCGCGCUGGAUCAAGGACCCCUGGGCUGGCACACAGGAUCUCUUGAGCGCCGCCAUGGUCUCGACGGCCUACCUGGCCUGCAUCGACGGCGGCUUCGCCGCUUCCACCAACCCCUUCCUCGGCCCCCUGGCCGAUGCGGUCUCGUUCAACCUCGGCUCCGGCGUGACGGCCAGAGAGGCCAGGACGAUGAGCAUGGUCCUCAUGAGCAGCAUCCUCGUCGCCCAGCGCCUCGCCGCCAUCCCGUCCGAGCUCAACACCGCGCCUCGAGCGCCCGCGAAGAAGCCGUCACCCUCAAAGGCACCCCGCAUCUCGAACGGAUCGGCAGACGCCGGCCUCGCCGUUCCCCAGAUCGCAGCCGCCGACGGGAGCGCAAGCCCGACGAGGAAGUCGAAGAAGGCGGCAAAGGCCAAGUAG